AUGAUCAUACGGAGUGUAACCCGCCGGCAUGGCGCCAGGGCAUUGGCCUCGGCCCUCCCCAGACCAUGCACACGGUUCAUCUCACAAGACACAACGACGACAGGCCUGACGCCCGAAGCCCUUGAAUCCGUGACGACAGCGGCGGCGCUCAACCAAAUACCCCAGCAAGCCAACGGCACCCCCACGCUCUCACAACACAAAAAGGACAACCGGGCCGAAGCCUUCAAGGACUUCCGCCGGCUGCAGAAGCUGACGUCCUCGCUCGGGUCGCACGUGUCGCGGCCCUACAACCCGGAAGACCUGGUCAAGGACCCGCCCGCGCCAGAAGAGAUCACGCUGGAGCUGCUGAUGGCGUCGCAGACGCACAUGGGCCACCACACGUCGCGGUGGAACCCGGGCAACGCGCGGUACAUCUACGGGGUGCGGCACGGGAUCCACGUGAUCAGCCUGGAGGCGACGGCGGCGCACCUGCGGCGGGCGGCGCGCGUGGUGGAGGAGGUGACGUACCGGGGCGGGCUGGUGCUGUAUGUGGGCACGCGCAAGGGCCAGAUGGAGAUGGUGACGCAGGCGGCGGCGCGCGGGGGCGGGUGCCACCUGUUCACCAAGUGGACGCCGGGGGCCAUCACGAACCGGGACGUCAUCCUGCGCGACCGGGAGGUGCGCAUGGUCAACGAGGUGGACCGCGAGGUGCCCGGGCUGGCGACCCAUGUCCGGGACCGCAGGCCCAUUACGCCCGACCUGGUGGUGUGCCUCAACCCGCUGGAGAACAAGACGCUCCUGCACGAGUGCGCGUUGGUGUCGAUUCCUACGGUUGCCAUCAUCGAUACGGAUGUUGAUCCGUCGUGCGUGACGCUUGCCAUUCCGGCCAACGAUGACAGUCUGCGAUCUACGGCGCUCAUCGGUGGAAUCCUCGGCCGAGCUGGCCAGAUUGGAAAGAAGAGACGGCUGGCGGAUGCCGAGAGCGGGGUGGUACACUGGGAGACACCGACUGAUACGCAAAAUUUCAUUGACAACGAAGUGCGCCGCUUUUUGCGUGCGCAGGGAGAAUGGGCACGGGAUUCGACGGCGGAGGUGAACGCGAAGGGACGGACUGCCGAAGACAGGCUGUUGGAUAAUAUGGGCGAGAUGAACGAGGAGGACCGGAUGAAUAUUGUGGGAAUGUAGGGUGUUGGGCCAUGUACGAGAUGUACUAUAGUAUAUCAUCAGAACCAUUGUAUAAGAGGGGUUUUUUUUUUUUUCCUUUCCCUUUUCCUUUUCCUUUUCCUUUUUUUUCUUCUUCCCUUCGUCUUUCUCCUCCCCCCCUUGGAGUCGCGUCUCCAGCUAGCCCGUGAAUCCAGCCCAUUAACCAGCUCCGGAUGAGUGGUACUAUGGUUUGUAGAAUAUGUACAAAAGC